UUUGGCCGGUUUACAUGGGGUCUUUUUUUUGACCUCAAAGGAUUUGAUAAAAGGUUGUUGGCUUUUGAUACGAAAAUCAAUAUCACGCUUUGACUAUCAUCUAGGAUAAACGGGUCCAAGCCGGUUCGCUCUGGUACAUACAUGUGUAUACAUAAUUAUACAUUGCCCGCAAUAUCGCAUUUUUAUACUGACGAGUGCCGGAUGAACAUCUAAAACCAGUGUCCAGGGGUUUUGCUGCUCUAUGCUUCAACUCAGUAUCCAAAGAACAGUGGCCAAAAUGGGAGAUGCGGUGGACACACUGUUAUUUUUCUGCAAUGGGAAAAAGGUCGUUGAUCAUCAUGUGGAUCCAGCAAUGACUUUAUUGACGUAUCUUCGCAACAAGUUACGUCUGACUGGUAGUAAGCUAGGAUGCGGGGAAGGAGGUUGUGGGGCAUGUACCAUCAUGGUGUCCAAAUACUCACCCAAGGACAAAACUAUCAGUCACCUUGCAGUGAAUGCCUGCCUGACCCCCAUCUGUUCUGUGCAUGGUAUGGCCGUCACAACUGUAGAAGGGAUCGGCAGCACCACGACCAGACUCCAUCCAGUACAGGAGCGUCUUGCCAAGGCCCACGGAUCCCAGUGUGGUUUCUGUACUCCUGGUAUUGUCAUGUCUAUGUACACUCUGCUGAGGAACAGACCACAACCUACCAUGGAGGAGAUCGAGAGCGCCUUUGAGGGCAAUCUGUGUCGUUGCACGGGCUACAGACCCAUCUUACAAGGCUACAAAACGUUCACUAAGGAAGGAUGUUGUGGAGGGAAUAACGCUGCAUGCUGUAGGAAUGUACCAAGUAACGUGGAUGGACAAGAGGAAGGGGUUUCGACGAAAAUGUUUGACCCAAGCGAGUUCGCGCCCUACGACCCCUCCCAAGAAUCGAUUUUCCCUCCAGAGCUGAUGAUAACUUUGAAAGAAACGACACCGAGAAUGCAGAAAUUUGCAAGCGAUCGCGUGACUUGGUUCCGUCCCGUAACACUUCGACAACUGUUGGAAUUGAAGGCUAACAACCCUCAAGCUAAGGUGGUGGCAGGCAACUCAGAAGUUGGUGUUGAAGUCAAGUUUAAGAACCAAUGCUAUCCCGUUCUCGUCGAUAUCACUUACAUCCCUGAGCUGACUAGCGUCGAGAAGACGCCUUCUGGAGUUAGAAUUGGCGCUUCUGUGUCACUGACGUCAGUCGGUGACUAUAUGAAGGAAAUCAUACAGGAGGAACCAGAACACAAGACGCGUGUCUUUGCAGCCAUUGUGGAGAUGUUGCGCUGGUUUGCCGGGCACCAGAUCAGAAACGUAGCUUGUAUCGGAGGUAAUAUAGCAACAGGCAGUCCCAUUUCCGACCUGAACCCGCUGCUCAUGGCGGCCGUGUGUACCGUUGAACUUGUCUCAAGCUCAGGUAAACGUACCGUGAACAUGGACGGCAACUUCUUCACCGGAUAUAGGAAGAAUGUUAUCAAGACAGACGAGAUUAUCUUGGCUAUCAAUGUCCCCUUCACGUCAGAGAAUGAGUAUUACUAUGGGUACAAGCAAUCUCCACGUCGCGAGGAUGAUAUCGCCAUAGUCAAUGCUGGUAUGAGAGUGGUCUUGAAGCCGGGUACUAAUGAAGUACAGGAUUGCACCAUAGCGUACGGUGGUAUGGCUCCAACAACAGUGCUAGCUACGAAGACAAUGAAAAACAUCAUGGGAAGACCCUGGAGUGAUGGUUUAGUGGAGGUCAUGACCCCUCUACUGCUCGAGGAUCUACCUCUAACUCCUGGUGCCCCAGGCGGUAUGGAGCCUUAUCGACAAUCACUCACCCUCAGCUUCUUCUUUAAGUUCUACCUCGCCGUCUUGGAACAAAUACAUCUGAAACAGCCUGGUUUGAGAGGUUCGACGAUGCCACCAUCCUUCAGCUCAGCCAACGUGCCUUACCAUAAGAACUCCGCGCGAGGUGUUCAGAUGUAUCAGGAGGUACCAUCAGGCCAACCUGAUUCAGACGCCGUCGGCCGACCUUUGACCCAUCAAUCUGCCUUCAAACAGGUCACAGGAGAAGCUGUCUACGUGGAUGACAUGCCUCAUAACGAGAUUGAGCUGUAUCUGGGACUGGUCCUCAGCAAGAAGGCACACGCCAAUAUUUUAUCCGUUGAUACCACUGAAGCACUCGCAAUUGACGGAGUGCAUUCGUACGUGAGUGCUGACGAUGUGCCAGGAAGCAACAUGUCAGGAACGUCACAAGAGUAUGACGAUCUUUUGUUUGCCGAGAAAGAGGUGAAUAGUAUAGGCCAGGUGAUCGGGGUGGUAGUAGCUGACAACCAGGCUAUCGCGCAGAGAGCUGCCAAGUUGGUGCGAGUGGAGUACGAAGAGCUGCCGACUGUUAUCACUAUACAGGACGCCAUUGAGGAGAACUCCUUCUUCCCUGACGGCUACCGCCUCCGGAAGGGAAACGUGAAAGAAGCCUUUGACAGCUCGGAUCACAUCAUCGAGGGAGAGCUAAAGAUUGGUGCCCAGGAGCACUUCUACCUGGAGACAAUUACCACCUUGGUCAUCCCGGGAGAAGGAGGGGAGGUCGAGGUCAUCUCAGCCUCCCAGGCACCAUCUAGGAUACAGACCAUGGUUGCCAGGGCUUUGGGUGUAGCAAAGCACCGAGUGGUAUCUCGAGUGAAGCGCCUCGGUGGAGGUUUUGGUGGGAAGAUAACCAAAUCGUCCGUCUACGCGGCGAUCUGUGCUGUCGCAGCUAAUAAAGUCAAGCGCCCAAUUCGUCUUAUGCUUGAUCGAAAUGAAGACAUGAUGACAUCAGGUACACGACACCCGUACCUAGCUCGUUACAAAGUAGGAGUAACAAGCUACGGCCAACUGAGGGCGCUGGAGAUCGAUAUGUACUCCAACGCUGGGAGUACCUACGACUUUUCAGUCAAUGUUUUGGAAAGGACAAUGUUCCACAUGGACAACUGCUAUAAAUGCCCCAAUGUCAGCGUGAAUGGAAUCCUCUGCCGUACCAAUCUGGCAUCCAACACGGGAUUCCGGGGGUUCGGAAGCCCCCAGGCCAUGCUGGUGGCGGAGACGAUCAUGUCAGAUAUCGCCUUGAAAUGUGGACUGACGCAGAUCAAGGUGCGAGACAUCAACUUUUACCAGGAGGGGGACCUGACGCAUUAUGGCCAGGAGUUGAAAUAUUGGAAUCUAGAGCGAUGUUGGGAUGAGUGCCUCACGAAAGGUGACUACGACAAUCGGAGACGCGAAGUGGAUCAGUAUAACAGUAAGAAUCGAUGGAGGAAGCGUGGUCUUGCUGUCACACCCACCAAGUUUGGUAUUUCCUUCAACCAGAACUACCGUAAUCAGGCCGGCGCGUUGGUGCACAUCUACAACGAUGGUUCAGUCCUGGUUUCCCAUGGAGGUACCGAGAUGGGUCAAGGGUUGCACACCAAGAUGAUCCAAGUAGCCAGCAGGACGCUGAGGAUUCCUCAGGAGAAGAUUCACGUCAGCGAGACCAGCACGAGCAGCGUGCCGAACACCUCCAACACGGCAGCAAGCUUCAGCUCCGAUCUCAACGGGAUGGCCGUCAAGGAGGCCUGUGAAACUCUAUUGCACCGACUGGAACCCUUCAUCCAGGACAAUCCCAAAGGUACCUGGGAGAGCUGGGUCGACGCCGCGUACAAAGACCGCAUCAGUCUGUCAUCUACUGGAUUGGGCAAGGCGCGUGAUGUACACUUCAACUGGGAGACAUGCGAAGGAGAACCUUACGCCUACUUCGUGUACGGUGUGGCGGUCUCUGAAGUGGAGAUUGACUGCUUGACUGGGGAUCACCAGGUGCUACGGACCGACAUCGUCAUGGAUGUGGGUGACAGUCUCAACCCGGCAAUCGAUGUGGGACAGAUCGAAGGAGGUUUCGUCCAGGGCUAUGGCCUGUUUGUCCUGGAGGACUAUCGGGUCAGCCCGUCUGGUCAGCUGCUGACCACUGGUCCUGGAUUCUAUAAGAUCCCCAGCUUUGGCGACAUACCGGCCGAGUUCAAUGUCAGUCUGUUGACCAGGGCUCCUAACCCAUUCGCCAUCUGCUCAUCAAAGGCUGUGGGAGAACCUCCCUUGUUCCUCGCAGCUUCCAUCUUCUUCGCAAUCAAGGAUGCCGUCCAAUCAGCCAGGGAGGAUGCCGGCAUCCCUCGAGCAUUCCGUCUAGACAGCCCAGCCACGGCAGAGAGAAUCCGCAUGGCAUGCCAGGACCAGUUCACUAAACAGGUUCCUCCAUUGCCAGAGUCCGGGACUUUCAAACCAUUCUUCGUGCGUCCUUAGAUGCAGCAGACAAUGCCGAGUGACAUGGGGAAGGAUGUCAUGUGCUGCCCUCAAUUUUGAGAAAAUCUUUGUCUUCCGGUUACCUUAAAGUACCUGUCACUAAAAAUGUGAACAUUACAUUAAUCUUAAAGGCACGUAAAGGAACUUGGUAAUUACCUGAAAACGGACUUACCAAUUUAAUUAGAAAAACCUUGCUAAAGGUAAAGAUGGGUAUAGUGCCAUAUUCUGCCAAAAAUGGUAUCGUUCAAAAAGGAAACAAUCAAUAUAGAAGGCAGCUUUAAAAAGUGUACCCAAUUUACAUGCAUCAACAACGGAAUCCAGUUACGAGACCCCCCCCCCCCCCACAAAUGGUGCACAUGCAGUGGCGGAUCCAGGGUUGCGGAGGGGCCGCUAAACCCCCCAAUCCCGGCAGUGACCGAACUUUUCUCAAAUAAGGCCAUAUUUCAAUUGUGAAUUUUUUUUUUUCAUACCUAUAGUGUGGACAUUCCUUUGUUUUCGUGUAGUUAAGCAAAAACCUGUGAAAAAACUCAGUUUACUCACACUUGGAAAACUCUUUCAACCCAUUUUCCCCCUACGAUUCCCUUUAGUGUUGCUCUUUAUUUUGCUACAGAAAAAAUGCCUCUAAACCUGUUUUCCAGAGAUGGGGAAACACUGUGUGGACGUGGGCAAGUCCACACAAAGUCGCUGUUACCUGGUUUAUGUGGACCUCUUUUGUUCGGAAGUCCACACAGUGAAUGUAAUGCUUGUACAGCCUCACCCCCGGCAGUAAGCUCUCUGGUUCUGGCCUUGACACGGCACGUUUUCACUGUUUUCUAAAAAUGUAUACUAUCCGCUGAGUUGAGAAAAUUUGUAGAUUCAUAUGAAAAAAAUGCACAAAAAACAAACAAACAAUGAACCUAUAAUGUACAUUUAAUACUAUUUUUUCCAGUAGAGUUAUUGUUAGACCACCCUUUUGAAGACAUAACAGUCUCGUGUGUUUACAAGACAGUAUUUCUAUACGAUUAAAACACUACUUUCUGUCAAAUUAAGGAAGGCAGAAAAUUAUAAUUAAUUUUAAAGGAGGAGUUAUCGAAUCGUAUCAUGAUACGUCGUGGCUGACCACAACGAAUUGCGUAAAAUCAUCAUGAACUCAAACAAUAAAUCUUGUAUGAUAGAUCCACUUCCCACAUGGCUUCUUAAGCAAAAUCUGUGCACGAUUGCUCCAGCCAUCCAAUCCAUUGUCAACACAUCACUGUCUACAGGAAUCUUCCCAGAAACUCUCAAACAUGCGGUAGUCUCACCACUACUGAAAAGUACUUCCUUGGACAAGGACGUUUUGAAAAACUACAGACCAGUAUCUAAUAUUGCUGUUCUUUCUAAAGUAAUUGAGAAAGCUGUUUUAAAACGUGUCACUGAACAUAUUGAGAAUAAUAACUUGUAUUGUAAAUUUCAAUCAGCAUACAGGUCUGGCCAUAGCACCGAGACAGCUUUGUUGAGGGUCAAAAGUGAUCUUAUGCAUGCUAUUGACAAUCAACAGGCUGUCCUGGUGGUGUUGCUAGACCUGUCAGCUGCGUUUGACACUAUCGAUCACAGUAUUUUGUUGGGCAGAUUGUCAGAUGUCUUUGGAUUUAGUAAGAAUGUCAUUAACUGGUUUAAGACUUACGUUACAAACAGAACGUGUAUGGUUAAGAUAGCUAAUGGUUACUCUGGUUCCAGAUUGCUUACCUAUGGUUUACCUCAAGGUUCCUGUGUUGGACCGCAGCUAUUUUCCUUGUAUAUUUACCCAUUGUCAGACAUAAUCGGACAACACCCGAGUGUCAGUUUUCAUUUUUAUGCUGACGACAUUCAACUGUAUGUUUGCACUGAUCCCCGAAAGCUUGGUGAUAUAGAGCAAUCUCUCACCGUUUUAACAACCUGUAUCUCGGACAUCAACAAGUGGAUGUGCCAAAACAUGCUUCUCCUCAACCAUGCAAAAACGGAAUUGUUUGUCGCUGCACAACCAAGAAUAAGUCAACUGUUACCCGCAGUCUCUCUCACGCUUGAAGAUACCAUAAUCAAACCAUCCCCUACUAUAAGGAAUUUGGGUGUUGUGUUCGAUUCUGCCAUGAGUAUGUCUCAACAUAUUUCCACACUUUGUAAAACGGUCAAUUUUCAUCUUAGGAGCUUGUCUCGCAUUCGUAGCCUAAUUGAUGAAACCACAUGCCACCAUGUUGUGCGAGCUCUUGUCACAUCUCGAUUUGACUAUAGCAACUCUCUUCUUCAAGGAUUACCCAGCAAAGACAUCAAACGCAUACAACGACUCCAAAACAGAGCAGCCAAACUCAUUUUUAUGGCAAAAAA